AUGGCAUCCGAAAAGAAGGACAUUUGGUCCACCGAGGCAGGCUUCUUCCCGAAGUACCAAAAUGCCGCCUCGUUUGUCCCCAAGCUGGUGGGCAAGGUCAUCGGCUGGCUCGAUGUGCAAAAGGACGACGUGAUUCUGGAUCUCGGCUGCGGUGACGGCGUCCUUGACUUGCAGUUUGCCGAGAUCCUAUCCAAGGGCACCGGCCGCCUGCACGGCGUGGACAGCUCGCCGUCUCUGAUCGAGACCUCACAAAAAGCUGUCGAGGCUGCUGGCUACACAAACAGCACAUUUGAAGGCAUGUGGAGUCACUGUGUGAAACUGUCUCACGCAUCCAAACAGUCACUUGUCUCUCACACUGCUAACACACCGCCCCGCCGUCUAGUCUACGAUGCAAACGAUAUUGUGGACAAGCCGGAGCUGCAAAAGGGACAGUUUAACAAGGCCUUUUCCAAUGCGGCCAUGCAUUGGAUCCUCAGCAACACCGCCAAGCACGAGCAGUUCUUCCACGGCGUCCAGAACGCACUGCAGCCCGGCGGCGUCUUCGUCUUUGAGAUGGGCGGCCUCGGCAACGUUACGGAGCUCGUCACGGGCGUCGUGUCGAGCGUCAGCCGUCGCAUCGGCUUGGAGGCGGCCAAGAAGGCAAACCCGUGGUUCUUCCCCGACGAAGCGUGGGCGCGCGAUAUUCUGGAGAACCGCGUCGGCGGCUGGAAGGUCGAGAAGAUUGAGCGCGAGUGGCGCGAGACGCCCGCGGAUGCCGGCGGCAUCGAUGGCUGGAUCCGGCUGAUGGCGCGGCCGUUCUUGGAUGCGGUUCCUGAGGCGGAGCGCGAGGCGUGCACACGCGAGAUUGUCGAGGUGCUGGAGUACACGACACGGACGCCCAAGGGAUCGCAUACCAUGCAGUACGUGCGUCUGCGCGUCCAGGCGCGGAAACUGUAA